ACUGUUUUCCGGCUGUGGGCUAUGUUUAUGGAAACGCAAUGAAACUAGUAAAACUAAUUACUUAAAUGUGUUCAUGAACUAAUUUUAUAAUUUGUUUAGAAAAGAAUAGUAUCUCCGUGGAACCGUGGGAAGCCAUACCCAAAGAGUUCCAGAAGACUGCCCUGGAUAAACCCCCCCACACACAUGCACACAUCACACUGAAAAAGAAAUCGGCAUGUGUGAUUGUACUUUUCACAUGGACUAAAUUCUGCCACAGACCUUUCAGAAAACUCAGGAAUUGUGAACCAGAAGCAACUUUUUCAAACUUAUUUUUCAGUGUUUUGUGGUCUUUUUUCUUUGCUGGAAUUUUUUAUAGAUCUAUAUCGCAUUUCUUUAAUUGUUAUGCACUUCAAUGGCUAAAAUUGGCUCAGUGGCUAGAAUGGAGAGUGAGAAGAAUUCCAUGGCUCUACUUUGCUACAGGAUGGAGGCCUCCUGUUUGGACCUGGCUCUGGAGGGGGAGCGCCUGUGUAAGGAAGGUGAUUACAGUGCAGGUGUACCAUUCUUUGAGGCAGCCAUGCAGGUGGGAACAGAGGAUCUGCUGGUGCUAAGUGCCAUCUACAGUCAGCUUGGCAAUGCCUACUUCAACCUGCGUGACUAUACCAAAGCACUGGAAUUCCACCACCAUGACCUAACUUUAACCAGGACAACAGGAGAUCUGCUUGGUGAAGCCAAAGCCAGUGGCAACCUGGGGAACACACUAAAGGUGUUGCGGCGUUUUGAUGAAGCAGUAAUCUUCUGCCAAAUGCAUCUGGACAUCAGCACAGAUGUUGGGGAUAAGGUGGGACAAGCCAGAGCUCUGUAUAACUUUGGCAAUGUGUAUCAUGCUAAAGGAAAGAGCAUCUGUAGCAAUGACACAGAACCUGGAAACUUCUCAGAAGAGAUCAACAAAGCAUUUAUAAAAGCAGUAGAGUAUUACGAGAUGAAUUUGUGCAUUCUGAAGGAGCUAGGAGAUAAAGUGGCUCAGGGCCGCACUUAUGGAAACCUGGGAAACACUCAGUAUCUGCUCGGCAACUUUUGUAAUGCUGUGGCCUCCCACCAACAGCGGCUUCUCAUUGCAAAAGAGUUUGGUGAUCUUGCAGCAGAACGAAGAGCCUGUUGUAACAUAGGAAAUUCCUACAUUUUUUUGGGAGAGUUUGAGAAGGCUGCUGAUCAUUACAAGAGAGCUCUUCAGCUGGCAAGGCAGCUAAGGGAUCGAGCAGUGGAGGCUCAGGCUUGCUACAGCCUAGGCAACACCUACACUCUACUGCAGGACUAUGAGAGAGCUAUCGAUUAUUUCCUUAAGCACCUCAUCAUUGCUCAGGAUCUCGGUGACAGGGUUGGUGAAGGCCGUGCCUGCUGGAGUUUAGGAAAUGCACACACAGCCCUCGGGAAUCAUGGCCAGGCAAUGCACUUUACAGAGAGACAUCUGGAAAUCUCUAACGAGACAGGUGACCGCUGUGGUGAGCUGACUGCUCGUCUGAAUGUGUCUGACCUCCAGACUGUCCUUGGACUCAGUUACAGUACAAACAGUUCUGUCUUGUCAGAGAACAAAGCGGUUGAUUAUAACCAACAUGGAGCAAGACCCAGGAUGAGCAGACGCUACAGCAUGGACAAUUUGCAGUUGAUGACACUUACACCAGAAAAACAUAAAUGUCAGAAAUGGGGCAAUGAGAAUCUGUGUAUGCAGUCAAAAUCCAAAUCCACCUCCAAAUUCUUCUUCAUGAAUCGUCUGCGAGGAAAAAAGAGCAGCUCCAAGAAAGUUUUGCAGGACACUAGCAACACUUUGAAGAUUUCUCACAUGCAACCUUCUCAAAAAUGUGUGAGUGCGGACAUGUUAGGUGACGAAAACUUCUUUGACCUGCUAAGUCGUUUCCAAGGCAACAGGAUGGAUGACCAACGCUGCUCUAUUCAGAAGGACCUGGGCUGCCAGUCCACUGCUGCCUCCUCCUGUUCACCUUUGUCCAAAAAUCUAAAAAAAUCUUUUUCAGAAUCUGCAGUAUCACCAGGUCAGAAUGCAUUUCAAGGAGUCUUGGCUACUGCUCAGCAGCGGAGGCUAGAGGAUCAGAGGAUUAUAGAAAGUGCGCCUGUUUUGUGCAACUUAAAGACAAAUCACAAAAACAAGACGGAGACAGUCCUUAGCCAGCUUAUGGCAAACACGGACACCUCUGAACCCGAUAAUCAAUUCUUUGACAUGCUGGUGAAGAGCCAGGGUUCUAGGUUAAAUGAUCAGAGGUGUGCCCCUCCCCCAGCCUUGAUCCAUGGACCUACUGUCCCUGAUGAGGACUUCUUCAGUCUCAUCGUCCGCUCUCAGGCCAAAAGGAUGAAUGAACAAAGAGUCACAUUGCCAUCUGUGGACUAAACACCACACAGAUUCACAUACACACACUGACUACCACUGCACUGAGCACACUGAACUUAUUAUACAUAGCUGAAGAUGGAAAUACAAGUUACUUGGAUUUUGGAUACAUCGUUUUUACCACUUAAAAGCGACUUUUAUAAUGCAAUUGGAGGUGCACGGGAACAUUUUGGUACUUUGACUUUGGUACUUCAUAUCAGACUCGCCAUAUGGCUUUGCUCUUCGAAUCUGUUUAUAGAAAUGCUGUAAAUAGAAAGAGCUUGUUCAAGAUUUGGUGUUAUGACGAGCCUAAUCCUGGCGGUCAAUAACCCAAAGAUUUUUGCUAUCAUUAAUUGCUGGUGUUAACAUUUUAACAAGAGGAAUACUAGUUGCUUAAUUUAAAUUGAAUCCCAGUUUAUUUGUAAAGCAUUUUUAACACUGGACCUAGUCUUUACAUCUUUACCCAUAGUCUUUAGUGGUGGUGGUGGAUGAAUUUCUCUGAAGUAAAAUUACAACAACAAAAAAAAAAAACAGGCAAAAAUGAACUCUAGUAAAAGUUACACUACCCCAUUUCUAAGCAAGAAAAGACUUGCUUGUAAAAAUACCUAAAAUAUAAAAUUAAAAGUACUUGUCAUGCUGAUCCAAAAGCAUAAUACCAUAUUAUCGUGUAUUUAUAUGUAUAUUGUGUUGUAUACAAAAUAUUACGGGUUGUGCUGUUUUAGUUAAGAAUGAUGCAGAUUAUGCUGCUGCCCAAAAUCACCAGUAAAAAUAAUCACAAAUAAUUUGAAAGAUUAUUUUACUCCCUGUGUCCAUAAAAAUUGGAACUUUAAAUUCUGUAAAUCGAACAUGCAGACUGUAUAGGCAUUAAAGAAAAUAACACAGAAGAUUGUUACUUUAAAUGUCUUUUACAAUUAUGUAUCACUUAACCUCCUUGUAAUGUUUAGUGAGAUGGGGACAGAGAUACCACUAAAACAAUAGACGUUCUAUACAUGCAAUUGUACCUUCAGUCAAACACUGUUGGGAAGGCUUUUUUUCUCCCCAACAUCAUAUUAAACCCUAGGGAUUAAGAAUUGGAUGUUUCUCAAGUUUGUAUGCAUGUAAAGGCGCGCACACACUAUAUAUUGGCAAUUUGCCCUUGCACCUAUAACAGCUUUAACAGAAGGCUUUCGACAAGGUUUAGGAGUGUGUUUAUGGGAUUUUUUGACCAUUCUUCCAGAAGCACAUUUGUGAGGUCAGACACUUAUGUUGGACGAGAAGAAGCUCUUAUUUAUCCCAAAGGUGUUCUAGUGGGUUGAGGUCAGGAGUCUGUUCAGGCCAGUCAAGUUCUUCCAUACCAGACUCACCCAUCCAUCAAUGGUAUUAAAAGCUGGAUCAUAACACUGCCUCCAACUGCUUGGUGGGCGCAUCACUUCGUUAUGCUUCCUAGCAAAUUAAAGCUAUUUGUCUGAUUAGUUUUGCGAUAGUGGUUUUCUUAAAGCCACACAGCUGUUUAGUCCAAAUCUUGAGUUAUUUUUACAUUCUGUGCAUAUGGAAAUACUCUUAAUUUCUAAAAUAGCUUUUUUUUUAUGCAGCUUCAAGUGCUUAAGUGAUCUUCGUUCAUUAUUUUUUUCUGAACACGUAUCUUCAACAAAGCUCAUUGUUCAGCACUACUUUCAGAUGUUGAUGGUGUUUAAAGAGUUCUUACCAAGAAAACCAAUUUCUUAAAAUUUCCUGUUGUAGUAUUCUUUGCUUAAGCCAGCCCAAAGACCUUCUGAAAUAGCAUUUUGGGGGUUUGCACCAGGCACUGUAGUUAUAUUAUACCAUGCAUAAUCAUUUAACAGUUUGCCUGGCUUUAUAUUUAAAAUCUUUGAUAUUUGAUAUUUAAAAUUUAUCUAAUAUUUUCAUUUUUUGUUACUGAAAAAAAUAACAAUGCCCUGCUACUAUGUUAGUUUUUCCCCCUUGUAUAAGGCUGGAGGGGUGCAUUGAUCUGGCAGCACUAAAGCACUAGAUUAUGUAUAGUCCGUGAUGCACUCCUCCAAUGCUGUAUGAGAUAUACCAAUUUAAGUUGUUACCAGUUUUUUUUUUUUUGAGCAGUUUGUUUUUGUGUGUGUGUGAGAGAAAGAUCACUAUAAGAGGGUGCAUAUUUUUAUAACUAUUUUUAUUUUAAGAGAAGCUUUCUUAUGCAGAGUUUAACAGAAUGUUAUAUAGAUUCACAAUAAAAACAUUUAACGCUUUACAUUCUAGAAAUUGAACAGUGCUGGCUGUACAUUAAAUUUAGUCUCAUUUCAUAUUAAUUAGAUUACUAAAACAUAUUGUCUGAGUACAUUUUUCCCCAGUGGUAAAUAAGUGAUGAAGUGCAGCUGGAAGAUGCUCAGAUUGGCCUGUUUGUUUGCUACCUGUCCUGGGCUCUGGCUCGUUACAGAUUGACAUGGCCUGUUCUGUAAGCAAAAAUUACAGGCAAAGUUUUUUUUUUUAUGAAAAGCCUACUGCAACAAAUUGUUUUUUCUUCACUUGGUGUAACUAAGAAAUAUGUACUCAACUCUCCAUGAAACUUUUUUUUUAUCAGUUAUCGCUUAGAUCUUUUUUUUAAUCUCAGAUAACUUGUUUAAAUAAGGCUGUGGAUGAGACAGGUCUAAUGCCUCAGAGUUAGUGAUGCCUUCUAGUAAAUUCAUAUUUGUUUUUUUUGUGCACUACUGAUGUCUAUCUGCUCUGCUCAUGAUACCUGUUGCCAAAAAGCUGGAUUGUUUCCCUGUUGCCACCCAAAUAAAAACAGCAGUGUGGUUAUAAAAUGUAGAAUGUCAUGUACGACACUAUAUAGAUAAAGUUUAACAUUUGCGCAUUGGGUCUCUUGAUUAUAGCAGGAUGUUUGCAAAGAGAAUUUAGUACAUUGACAUGUUUCUCCUGCAACUUAAGAGUGUCAAAUAUGCUGAGUUAAAUUCAUUGCUCAUGAGGAAUCAAUGUAUACAGUGUGUGUGUAUAUGUUGUUGGUGGUCUUUCGGCUGCUACCGGCAAUCCAGUCCGCACAACAACUUGGCGCUGGUUUAACGCCGGAUGCCCUUCCUGACGCAACUCUCCGAUUUUAUUUGGGCUUGGGACCGGCACUGCAUCCAGUGGAUGGGGACUUUGGGCAC